ACAAAGACAAGUGCGUGUCAUUCCUACUUCAGUCAUGCAAGUGCUGCAAACUUCUUAUCUCUUCAUUUUGCCUAAACCCCUAAACCCUUCCCCUCUUCCUUUCCACCACCGUCCUCCGCCCUUUAUCCACCAUCCUCCGCCCUUUAUCCUCCGACUCCGCGCUCUCUCCAGCUCCCUCCUCGUCCCAAAAUCCUUUCGCACGGAAGAGUUCCCGGUGGACGAUAGCUUCACCGAGAAUUUUGGCCCCAACGACAAGGAAUCCGAGGAUGAAGCCCGGCGCCGAAACUGGAUCGAGCGUGGGUGGGCUCCGUGGGAGGAAAUCCUCUCUCCGGAGGCGGAUUUUGCACGCAAGAGCCUCAACGAAGGCGAGGAAGUUCCCCUAAAAUCCCCCGAAGCCAUCGAAGCUUUCAAAAUGCUGAAGCCUAGCUACCGCAAGAAGAAGUGGGAGGAGAUGGGGCUGACGGAGGCGGAGUUCGUCGCUAAGCAGUUUGAGAUCAAGGGCGAGAUUCCGGACCCGCUCGUGACCACGUGGUCGGCGCCUCUCGUGGUGCGCCUCGUGCCGCCGCGCGACUGGCCGCCUCGGGGGUGGCACGUUGACCGAAAGGAGCUGGCGUUUAUUCGCGAGGCACAUAAGAUGCAGGCGAAGAGGGUGAGCCUGGAGGAGGUGGAGAAUGGAGUGAGGACUGACACCGAUAAUGUGUGCUUGGAUAGGUAUAAGGUGUUUCUGAAGCAGUAUAAGGAGUGGGUGGAGGCUAACAAGGAUAGGUUGGAAGAGGAAUCUUAUAAGCAAGACCAAGAUUAUUACCCUGGUAGAAGGAAAAGAGGGAAGGACUACAAGGAGGGCAUGUAUGAGCUUCCAUUCUAUUAUCCUGGUCAAAUUUGUGUUGGCAAAGUGACAAUGUUGCAUCUCUAUCAAGGGGCAUUUGUUGACAUUGGCGGGGUACAUGAUGGGUGGGUUCCUAUAAGGAGGAAUGAUUGGUUUUGGCUUCGCCAUCACAUAAAAGUUGGUAUGGACGUCAUGGUUGAAAUUACGGCAAAGCGAGAUCCUUAUCGCUUCCGCUUCCCUAUUGAACUUCGUUUUGUUGAUCCGAAUGUGGAUCAUCUAAUCUUUCACAAAUUUGAAUUCCCACCAAUAUUUUACCGUGAUGAAGAUACCAAUGAAGAUGAAAUACGGCGUGACUGUGGAAGACCUCCUGUUCCUAGAAAAGAUUUGGAAGACAAGCCAGAGGAAGAACCUCUAUUGUCUAAUCAUCCAUAUGUUGAAAAGUUGUGGCAAAUUAAUGCAGCUGAACAAACGAUUUUGGAUGAUAUGGCAAUUAAUCCUGAUAAAUAUAAAGGUAAAAAGGUGUCAGAUUUGACUGAUGAUGAAGAUUUUGAUGAACAAAAUGCUGUUCAGCAUUCCGAAGUUAAAUAUAAAAAUACAGUAAUACCAAAAAUUACUCUGAAAACAAGUGUCAAGGAGCUUGAUUUGGAGGCUGCACUUGCCGAGCGUGAGCACCAUGUUAAACUAAGGAAAGAAGCAACGGACAGAGGUGAAAAAUACAAAAUUACCAAACUGAGGCGCAAUAUUGAGAUGGAUGAGUAUGACUACAUGCAUUGGCGAAGAUCAUUUGAGGAAAGAGAAGCAUUGAUUAGAGACAUAAGCUGUCGCAAAGCUCUUGGUCUUCCAUUGGAAGAGCCUGGAAGGUAUGUGGAUGCUAGUAAUUUUGAAAAAGGCAAAUAUGAUCCGACAAGUCCACUGUAUCGUUAUGAUUACUGGGGGGAACCAAAGAACUCAGAGAAGAGCAUUCAAGAGCGGAUGACUGAUAUUCAUAACAAAAAAAUUGUGGGGAAGGCAGAUGUCUGGUAUUCAAUGUCCUACGAUGAUUGCAUCAAGGAACAGAUUGAAAGGGAAGCUCAGUCAAAGGAACAAGAAGGCAAAGGUGAGGAUAAUCAAAAUGAAGAUGAGGAAGAUGAGGAUGAUGAAGAUGACGAGGACUAUUUUGACUUCAGUAUUCUGAACAGUGUAGAUACUAAUUUCUCAGAUCAGCCUCAUGUUAAUGGGACCGAGUCUUCUACAAUCUCAGGUGAGGGCAUGUUCGAGGACUGAUGUAUGCAGAGCAUUAUGUAGCAAAAUUAGAAUGUACAGUUAGGCUGAGAAAUCUGCAAAACUUUUGGCUGUGUAUCAUGGCAAUCUAAUUAUUUGUACGAUCACGAAAAUUUUCCUAUGCAUGCACUUUUAUCAAGUUGCGAAAAUUUAUGCAGUGCAUCAA